UGGAACCCUAAUCUGCGUUCCUAUAAUGCGCGGAACCAUCGAAAAAAUGGUAGUUGAUAUACAAAAAGCUAAACUUAAUGGAGCAGACCUCGUUGAAAUUCGAUUAGAUUAUCUGAGCAAGUUCAAUCCUCGUCGAGACCUUAACACUUUCAUUCAGGAGCACCAUUCGUUGCCCUUGUUAUUCACUUACAGGCCGAAAUGGGAAGGUGGUAAGUAUGAUGGUGAUGAAAACAAACGGUUGGAUGCACUUAGGUUAGCCAUGGAAUUGGGAGCCGAUUACAUUGACAUUGAACUUAAGGUUGCCCACAAAUUCUAUGACUCUAUACGUGGGAAGACAUUCAACAAAACCAAAGUCAUUGUUUCAUCUCACAACUAUCAGCAUACUCCAUCAGUUGAGGAUCUUGGCGACCUUGUCGCAACAAUACAAGCAACUGGGGCAGACAUAGUAAAGAUUACAACCACUGCCAUGGAAAUCACUGACGUGGCACGCAUGUUUCAAACUAUGGUGCAUUCUCAAGUUUCAUUCAUUGGAGUUGUUAUCGGUGACAGAGGAUUGAUUUCACGCGUACUUUCUGCAAAAUUUGGCGGGUUUCUCACUUUCGCCGCACUCGAGUCAGGGAUAGAUUCACCUCCUGGUCAACCUACAGUUAAGGAUAUGUUGCAUCUAUACAAUUUCAGACAAAUGGGACGUGAGACAAAAGUAUAUGGCGUUAUUGGGAAACCUGUCCGUCAUAGUAAGUCACCCAUGUUGUACAAUGAAGCCUACAAGACAGUUGGUUUUGAUGGAGUUUAUGUAUUCUUAUUGGUGGAUGAUCUUGACAAAUUUUUCAGGACUUACUCGUCAACCGAUUUUGCGGGAUUCAGUGUUGGCAUUCCUCACAAGGAGGUUGCCCUUAAGUGCUGCGACGAGGUCGAUCCAGUGGCUAAGUCAAUAGGAGCUGUAAACUUGGUUAUAAGAAGACCAGCAGACGGGAAGUUGAUUGGGUAUAACACUGAUUAUGUGGGUGCUAUUUCUGCUAUCGAGGACGGGCUACGAGGUCUGCUCGAUAAUGAUAGUGGCAGAGGUGCUUCGCCUUCGCCAUUAGCUGGUAAGCUGAUUGUUGUUAUUGGUGCCGGCGGUGCUGCUAAGGCAGUUGCUUAUGGUGCAAAAGAGAAAGGAGCAAGGAUUGUGAUUGCAAAUCGCACCUAUGGUAAGCUGAAAUUGAAUUGCGACCAUAAAAUCUUAGAACUUGCUGAUCUUAUUAGUGGAGAUGCUUUAGCCCUCGGUGAUUUAGACAGUUACCAUCCAGAGGAUGGUAUGAUUCUUGCUAACACAACAUCUAUUGGAAUGCGACCAAAAGUUGAUGAAACACCUAUUUCUAAGCAUGCAUUGAAAUUUUACUCGCUGGUUUUUGACGCUGUGUACACGCCGAAAACUACUAGACUCUUGAGGGAAGCAGAAGAAUCAGGAGUUAGUAUUGUAUCAGGAGUGGAGAUGUUUCUCGGACAAGCAUAUGAGCAGUACGAGAAGUUUACUGGAUUGCCAGGUGGUAUAAUAGACUUUUUGGUUCAAUGGUUUUAAGUUAACAACUUAUUUUAAUUCUUUGAAUUCGUUUUGCAUUUGCAGUACCAAAACAACU